GCAUAUCUCCUUCAAAAGUGAAGGCCAUAACCAUUCCGAUUACAAACCAUUCCGAUUACAAACCAAUACGAUUACUAAUCACCUCCGACUACUAAUCACCUCCGACGUCGACUACCAAUCACCUUAAUUACCUUCAAGAUUUUACGGUAAUUCGCCAAGUCACGAUGUCAGAUAGAACAGCGCUUUCUGGCGGCAACUUUACAGCCACACGACACUCCAUGACUUAUGACUACAUUUCCCCUAUCAAGCUGGACCUUGCUGGAAAGAAUGUUUUGAUCACAGGGGCAGCGUGGCAGGACGGAGUUGGAUAUGCUACAGCUACAGCCUUUGUGCGUGCAGGAGCUUCAGCGAUAGCAUUAGCUGAUCUCUAUGGUGUAUCAGACGAUCUUGUCAUGAAGCUUAAGCUGGCUGCAACGCAAGCCGGACGUUCAGAGCCUGUGGUGCUGAGCUGCACCGUUGACAUCUCAAAGCAAGACAGUGUUCAAGCAAUGUAUGAAGUCGUAUCAGAGAGGUUUGGUGGACGUCUGGAUAUCGUCGUCAACAAUGCAGCUCAUAUGGAACCAUACAAGCCGUUACUCGACUCAAAUCCAGAUAUAUACUGGCGAACUUGGGAGGUCAACAUUCACGGACUCUUGAAUAUUGCUCGUGCCUUUCUUCCCGUGCAGCUUUUGAGUCGUGCAAGCAACAAUGGUUUAUGCACAAUGAUCAAUGUAUCCUCUUCAGGUGCAUUGAGCGCUCGUCCUGGAAGCGCGAGCUAUCGGAGCUCAAAGCUUGCGAUCUUGAGGUGGACCGAGUCUCUACAGUUGGAAUAUGGCGAUCAAGGACUUCUGACCUUUUGUGUAAAUCCGGGUGCGAUCAAGACGAAGAUUACAGAGACUGUGCCCGAGAAGGUGCGGAAUUCGUUUCCUGAUCAUCCAGAGAUAGCUGGGGAUACGAUUGCAUGGUUAGCUGCUGAACGUAAGGAGUGGCUCGGUGGAAGGUACGUGAGCUGUCCAUGGGAUAUGGAAGAGUUUAUGAAGAAGAAAGAUGAGAUUAUCGAGAAGGAUCUGCUUAAAAUAAGGAUGGCAUUUUGAGUUGGGAUCCCCCUUGGCGGUCGCGGAUCAUGACUGGCCGAGCCAGGUAUCCAACAUAGAAGCACAAACACCAAGUUGUGGACGAUUAUUCUAAGGAGAUUUAGGAAGUCCAUGGACUUCCUAGUAACAUACAGAAGAAACUAGAACAUAUUGUUAUAUAUAAUUAGAUGAUAUCAAGUAGAUGCAUUUCAUCAGUAUUGGAGUGUUUGAAAGUUCUCUGAGAGAGUAUCCCUCCAUUGGCUGUGGCGAGGGUCUUAGAUAGUAAAGGGAAGCAUUAGUAUAAAGUUACUGGCUAUGUAGCCUUCUACUAUAAGACGCCAACUUAGCAUUUAGAGCACUUUAGUACUUGAAGUAUCACGGUGAGAGGAUAGGUUCCUA